AUGGCUGUGUUGGGCGGGUGCUACCCGGGUCUGGAUGCCUCGUCAUCGCUCCGCGCGCUGACGACGGUCGGCGCCACCCACCAAUUCGCCGUCCAAGGCUACGCGCUCGCGCGCUCCCUCGGCAGCGGCGCUCGCCUCUGCUCCGACGCCUUUGGCGCGGGGGGCCGCGCGUUCCGCCUGGAGGUCUACCCCGCGGGCCUGGCCGCGGACUGCUGCACGCACAUCGGGGUGCUGCUGACGUCACCGACGGCUGGGGCGGGGGCGGGGGCAGGGAAGCCGGCGGCGGGGCAGCAGGUGCUGUAUGAAAUCGCGAUCCUUGACCAGAGCGGCGCCGGCCGCCACCUCGCGCGCGCGUCGCGCCCCGGCGCGCCGCCGCUGUUUGCGCCGCUGGCGGGCGUGGUGGCCGCGUACCCGCGCUUUGUGCGCGCGGCGGCGCUGGAGCGGCGCGCGGCGCGGUACCUGGCCGGUGACAGGAUCGUAUUCAGAGUGACAGUUGAGAUCAUCAGGAGCUGGAGCGGCGCGCCGGGCCAGAUGCUGCAGCCGGGCGAGUUCCUGCCCCCAAGCCCCAUCCACGGCGCCGGCGCUGCCGGCCUGGGGCCGGCCCCGCCGCAGCUGGGCGCGCGUGACGUGGCGUCGCGUGGGCGCGUGGCUCGAUGCGCAGCGGCGUGGCAGCCACAGUGCGAUUUUAGUGGCUGCAGCGGCGAGGCGUGCGCGUCGGCGUGGGCGGCGGCGGCGGGGCCGCCAUCUGGGCAGCAGCAGCAGCAGCAGCAGCAGCAGCAGCAGCAGCAGCAGCAGCAGCAGCAGCAGCAGCAGCAGCAGCAGCAGCAGCAGCAGCAGCAGCAGCAGCAGCAGCAGCAGCAGCAGCAGCAAUGGUCGGGCGCGAACGAGGGCCGAUGUCCCUGCGCCGCUUGUUCGUGGCCGGGGCGUCCAGAGGCGCAGCCGGCGAUGGCCUUUGCGAGCGGCCCGGCCUCUGCGCCGCUCGCGCCCGGCCACCCUUGGCACGUCUGGAUGGGCUGA